AUGGCCGAUCACAAUGAAAAUUUCGCCCCCAAUCCGGACCUGGGUGACGCAAAGCAAUCACAGCAGCCACCAUCCAGCAGCGGUACGAAGGAGGACCAAACACAGCCCACCGGAAGCGCCAGUGUCAGUUCCUUCUCGAGGGAUACGAAGCGAGAGGCCAGCUGGCCGUCGGUACUGUUCUACAUACAUCUCAACAUUCUAGGCGUGUACGGAAUUUUCGUUUUAUUUUCUCACACCUCAGUGAUAACGUGUAUCUUCACAUUCUUGCUCACACUAUGCGGUAUCUUGGGCGUCACGGCCGGGGCCCACCGUCUAUGGGCGCAUAGGACGUACGAAGCCACACCGUUGCUCCGCUUCACGCUGAUGAUCUUCCAAACGCUGGCCGGACAGGGUUCCAUCUACGACUGGGUGCGCUUACACCGGCUACAUCACGAAAAGUACCGCACCGUCGACGACCCUUACUACAGCGAUAAGGACUUCCUGCACGCACAGGUGUUUGCCAACAUACGGAAGCUCAGCCCGAAACAGGAGACGCUGCUGGAAAAGGUCGACAUGAGCGACCUGGAGGCGGACCGGAUCGUCAUGUUUCAGCGGCGCUUCUACUGGCUGCUGUACCUGGUGCUGUUUGUGCUGCUGCCGAUCAACGCACCGCUCGAAUACUGGGGCGAUACCGUACAGGCAGCCAUCUUUGUGGCGUUCUCGUUGCGCUACCUGAUCGUCCUGAACGUUGCCUGGAUGGUCAACUCGUCGCACUUUGUCUGGGGGCUGGACAAAAGCCACAAGCAGUCGGACUCCAACAUGGUGUUCCUGGUGACGAAGAGCUACUGGCCGCAGUACCACUAUCUGCUGCCCUUCGACUACCAGAGCGGGGAGUUCGGGAACUACGGUGCGGGAUGUACCACUGCGUUCAUACGCAUCUGCGCUGCUACCGGGCAGGCUGAGAAGCUACAAACCAUGACCACCGACGCCGUUAAGCGGGGACUCACGAUGGCGGUGGACAGUGGCAAACCGAUCGUUGAGUGUCUCAAGCAGGCCGGCGCUGAGGACAUGUGCAAUCUGAAUCGUGAACACUAUCUGCAAAAUGAACGACUUCACUAG